AUGGCGCCGUUGCCGGAUAUAAUUGUUGAGAUAGGCCAAAGACUUGAAUGGUUAAAGAGCAACACUUUUGAGAAUUAUGUAUCAGCUAGUGCCCAGACUAGUCGUGUAGAAGAGGACAAUAGUUCUUCUAGUUCAGCGAGUGUAGAUUCUUUCGAUAACUCUAAUUCUGACAGAGAAGAAGAGAUGGCUGGCAAUAAUGAUGACAACCGAGCUUUGGAAGAUUAUGCUCAACUGGGACUGAGUGAAGCAAAUAUGAGGAUGAGGGUUUUUCCUUAUACAUUGAAAGAUAGAGCAAAGGGUUGGCUAAUGACUUUAGCACCUGGUUCGCUCACCACUUGGGAUGCCAUAGCUAAGAAAUUUUUGGCGAAGUUUUUCUCUACUCAAAAGACAGCUACUUUGAGAGGGCAAAUCUUUAACUUUAAACAAUAUGAUGGAGAACCUUUCAAUGAAUGUUGGGAGUGUUUCAAAGGGCUGUUGCUACAAUGUCCACAUCAUGGGUUACCUCUUUACUUACAAAUGCAAAUAUUUUAUGAUGGACUAACCCAAACAUGUCAAUCGACUAUUGAUAAUGCAGCAGGUGGAGCUUUGAAGAAAAAAAAAGCUCAAGAGUCAUAUAACAUUUAUGAGAUGUUGGGAUCUAACCCUGGUUGGAGUGAUCAUCCCAAUCUCUCAUGA